GAUUCCUCUGAGGAGGCUGAAGACCAUGAAGAUGAGGAGGAUGAGGAAGAAGAGGAGGAUGAAGAUGAUGAUGACGAGGAGGAUGAUGGAGAGGAAUUUAACCAAAAACGUUACGAACUGAGACAGAGAAAAGCUGCUGUUCCCUACCAAGUGCCUCUACAAGAGCCCAGACACCAUAAGAAAACGGAUAUGUUUUAUGCAAGUGCAUCUUCUCCUGUCAGGCAGCGUCAUUACCGGUUUAGUUCUGCUGGACCCAGAAGUCCAUAUUGCAAGAGGCGUCUUAGCAGGAGGAGACAUGCAGUGCAUAGCAACGACUCCACAUCCUCCUCUUCCUCAGAUGAUGAGGAACAUUUUGAGAGGCGCCUGGUUCGAAGCCGUAACAAGGCCAUUGCAAGGUGUCUCCCUAUGAAUUUGCAGAGAGAAGAUUUAAAAGGACUUCACAAAGAUCGCAUGAAAAUUGGUGCUAGUCUAGCCGAUGUUGACCCAAUGCAGAUUGACACCUCUGUACGGUUUAGUAGUGUUGGAGGUCUCUCUAAACAUAUUGCCUCAUUAAAGGAGAUGGUAGUUUUCCCAUUACUUUAUCCAGAAGUCUUUGAAAAGUUUAAGAUUCAGCCACCAAGAGGCUGUCUGUUUUACGGACCACCCGGUACUGGAAAAACAUUGGUUGCCAGGGCCCUGGCUAAUGAGUGCAGUAUAGGUGACAGAAGAGUAUCUUUCUUCAUGAGGAAAGGGGCUGACUGCUUAAGCAAAUGGGUUGGAGAAUCGGAACGUCAGCUGCGACUGCUCUUUGACCAGGCUUAUCAGAUGCGUCCAUCAAUAAUCUUUUUUGAUGAGAUUGAUGGCUUGGCACCAGUCCGAUCAAGCAGACAAGACCAAAUUCAUAGUUCCAUUGUUUCCACAUUGCUGGCUCUUAUGGAUGGUUUGGACAGUCGCGGAGAGAUUGUUGUAAUCGGAGCCACCAACAGACUUGACUCUAUUGAUCCUGCCCUGAGACGGCCUGGACGUUUUGACCGAGAGUUCCUUUUCAGCUUGCCUGACAGAGAUGCACGUCUGGAAAUUCUGAAAAUUCACACAAAAGAAUGGAAUCCACAACCAGCAGAAACAUUUUUGCAGGAAUUGGCUGAAAAGUGUGUUGGGUAUUGUGGGGCAGACAUAAAAUCUCUGUGCUCCGAAGCUGCCUUGUGUGCUUUACGCAAGCGUUACCCUCAGAUUUACACAACAACAGAGAAGCUGCAGCUUGAUGUGUCCUCUAUUAAAAUGACUGCUAGAGACUUCAUGUUUGCCAUGCAGAAAAUUGUGCCGGCAUCACAGAGAGCCGUUGUCUCCCCUGGACAGGCACUUUCCUGCAUUAUCCAGCCUCUGCUUCAGAACACCCUGUGCAACAUCUUGGAGGCAUUGAAGAAAGUUUUCCCACAUAUGGAAGAAGGACUUAAACAUAAAGGGCCUGAAGCACUUUCCAUUGGUUUGUUGGAUGAAGACCUGAUUUAUAGUGAUGAUGAGGGUCCCUCUGUGUUUGAAAAUGGGAUAAUCAAUAAAUUGCCAAAUGGUAGAUCGAAAGAAAAUCGCCCAUUUAUUCACCUCAAUGUGAAUGCCUAUCACCAGCCAACUUCGUACAGGCCUAGGUUUUUGAUCUGUGGGAAGCCAGGCCUGGGUCAGGGUACGCACUUGGCUCCAGCACUCAUCCACACUCUGGAAAAGUUCACCGUGUACACAUUGGAUUUGGCUGUGCUUUUUGGGGUUAGUGUAACGUCUCCAGAAGAAACUUGUGCACAGCUUUUUCGUGAAGCAAGACGGACUGUUCCUAGCAUUCUGUAUAUUCCACACAUUCAUCUAUGGUGGGAGACAGUCAGCAACACCUUGAAAGCAACAUUUCUCACUCUAAUCAAAAGCAUACCAUCGUUUUCUCCAAUCCUCCUGUUGGCAACAAGUGACAUGGAAUAUGGGGAUCUUGACUCUGAGCUACAAGAACUGUUUUUGGAUGAUUAUGAGGAGGUUUUCAAUGUUGAAUUACCAAACAAGGAAGACAGGAAAGCUUUCUUUCAGGAUCUUAUUUUGAACCAAGCUGCUAAGCCUCCAACUUCCAAAAGGAAGGCAGUUCUCCAAGCUCUUGAAGUGCUGCCAGUAGCUCCACCACCUGAGCCCCGUCCACUUACUACCGAGGAGCUAAAGCGAUUGGAAGCACAGGAGGAAGAAACACUCCGUGAGCUGAGGCUCUUUCUGAGGGAUGUUACCCACCGAAUUGCCAUUGACAAACGAUUCAGGGCUUUUACGAAGCCAGUAGACCUUGAGGAGGUUCCAGAUUAUGUCACAGUGAUUGCCCAGCCUAUGGACCUCUCAACUGUUAUAAGCAAAAUUGAUCUGCACAAGUAUCAGACUGUGAAAGAAUACCUAAAGGACAUCGAUCUUAUCUGCAGUAAUGCACUGGAGUACAAUCCAGACAGGGACCCCAGGAGAUCGGAUGAUCCGCCACAGAGCAUGCACUCUCAAGGACACAGUUUAUGCAAUGAUUAAACAGGAGCUGGAUGAAGAAUUUGAAAAGCUUUGCGAAGAACUCCAGGAAUCUCGCAAAAAGAGGGGUUUCUCCUCUGCGAAAUAUGCACCUUCUUAUUACUAUGUGCUUCCUAAGAACACAAGUACACUGGAUGGGAAGAAAACAGACACGGAACGUGAAAAAGUAACCGCAAUGGCAUCUGCACC